ACGGUUAAAAAGCUAAUGGUGGACAUACGCGUGUAUUUUCCAGUGUGGACAACAUGUAACCUAGGUAUGUAAGAAUACGGAUACGGACACAAGUAGCUUCAGUACGACAGAUCGUAAAAGACAUUUGAUCAACCCAUUACUUACAUCAGGCCAAGUGCUGGCCAAGCAGCCAGCGGUAUGACGCCACCGUCAUACGGCAAGCUGUCCAACUGCACCUUGAUGAAGAUCUGGCUGGUCUUCAUCUUGGGCGUUGGAACAUUCACCUUGGAACCGGUGCUAGCCAGUUUCAUCCGGUUCAAGGCGGACACAGAAUACAUCUACAAUUUCCAGUCAUCAACAGAACUGAAGACCGUUGAAACACUUCUUGCAAAAUCCAAGAUUGGGUUUCUGGUGGUAACAAGUCCUUAUACCGAAGUCGGAUUUCAACAUAUCUACCUGCGGGUUCAUUCAGCAGCAAUCACCAGCAGUAACAAUCAAGUUCUUUUGAACGAGGAGCAUGACUUUGAAGGAUGGUUCUCGUUCGAAAUCAGUGAAAACGGUACGAUUGGUCACGUGUACUACCCUGGUGAUGAGAGUGAGCACGUGAUAGCAACCAAGAAGGGUAUGGCGAGCCUAUUGGCUGCAAAUCUUCAGCAUCCUCUCGAUGGAUCGAUUGAUGGGCGGUCUGACUGGAGCUACGAUUGCAACGAGACAGGUCACGAAGGUCACCAUGAGUCGUCAUACAAUGCCCGGAUGUCAACGGACAAUGAUGGCAUCAUCGUCUUCACCAAAACCAGACGAACGCACCCGAUACCGUACGGGAAAUCCAUGCAUCAAAAGGAGAUUCAUUAUCACCCCGGUAUGAAGCUACCAACUCUCGUCAAGAUUCUGGAUCACUACGAGGCACCAAGAGAAUCAACACAAGAGUUUCAGGAUCAGUUUAAGGAGAGUACAGACAAAGAAGGGUUCGACUUUCCAGAGAUGCGAACUGUUUCAGAUGGUCAGCUGACAUUCGUGCGUGAGAUGUACUCCCCUUCUCUGGCUCCGCCCACUAAUGGGGAUCUUGUGACAGAUACAAUUCACAUGAAGAAGUUAUUAAACGGACAACAUCUUAUUGAUGACAUUACAACACUGAAGGAAUUGGUGUCUGGUAACCUGACGUGCAUGAGGAACGCGCCACUGAAAGGGUCACACGAGAGGAGUCAUUGCUAUCAGGAUCUCGUACAUACCAUGCAGUAUAACAUCGAUGAACGGAAACUUGCUGAGAUUGUCAAACCUUUGUAUCAACUUCCACUCUCCAGACGCCAUCGUGACAAGGAAGACAGGCUCAAUAUGUUAGAUGCUGUAACCGCGUUGGAAACCGACUUCUCACAGUCUCUCCUGGCUGAUCUCAUCCUCCUGUCUCCAAAACCAAACAAAGACCUGGUGGAGAGACUACUCAUCGCGUCUGCCGGAUUCACUCGAGCUAUAUCAAAGCAUUAUCUAGAAACAUUGGAGGAUAUUGUUUUCAACCCUCAAGUCUUUCCAGAGCCAUUACGUGACCCGGAGAUACAGCGAGUUGCUGUGAUGGUACUCGGUGCAUUAGCUGGUAACCUAUGGACUGCUGGAUACAAGUCCCAAGCUGAGGCGAUCGUUGUGAAGAUUGAGGACAAACUUGGUGUUCACGAUCCAUGGAGAUACAGCAAUACUGUCACAACUCUUUCUGAGGAUGAGCGGGACGAGUUCCACCACGACACGGUAGCGUGUAUUGAAGCUCUCGGCAAUGCUGCCCUCCAUCGUUCCUUUCCACACAUCCAUAGUUAUACUAACUCGACCACCACCCAUCCUCUGCUGAAAAGAGCUGGUUUACACUCUAUGAGAGACUUCCACCACGACAAGGCUGCAGGUAUCCUGCUCAAGUCGGCCCUGGAUGAAGAUGAAGACGAACAUGUUCGAUAUGAGGCAUCAUUGCUUUACAAAGAUCAUCCAAACGGUGUCUACAAACAUGCCUCAAAGUUUGUCAAUCCAGAAGAAUACAUGGGCUCCACCAACUCGUCCGAGAUGAUGUCCACCGAGGGAGCGAGUUCCCCGUCCAGACGGCGAGUACGGCGUGGAUUCUGGGAGGGGAUUGAGUUCCACUUGGCCAGCCCAGCGUAUCAGUGGAAGAAGCUUAUUGGAAGCCCCGAUACCGGAGCAGAGUUUGGGUUUACUAUCAGAAAUGCACUCGACAUCAAAAUAGCUCCUCUCAGCGGCCAUCUUCGUUUAGACAUUCUGGACGAUGCUUAUGCAACGGUACUAGUUGGACUUGUGGAUACGAAACUAGAUAUCGCAAGAGCACGCUUCUGUUUCAACGGACACAUUGAGUACAAUUUGAAUAUUCUACAGGAGUUUGGUGUUGAACGCAUCAGCGACCUGGUGAAAGUCUAUGAUUUAGUCAUAGAGCGAGUUGUUGGAAACAUAGUGAGGGCGGUAGACAUCGUUGUUGACCUCUUCAAUGGAGAUACCAGUAUCAACAAACUUUUUGAUGACUUCGUUGAGGCACUUGAGAAUAUCCCGAGCCGCAUCAGUGGUAUGCGAUCGGUAGCGGCCAAUGCCGUUGCUAGACUCUCGCAGUUUGAUCCGGAUCAACUCCCGCCCUCAAUCCGUGGCGUGAUCAUGGUAGUCAACAAGGCAGCUCAAUUAUUCAGUGAUAUAAAGACGGACGUCAUGGAGUUCUACCAGGCUGUAAAUGAGGCUAUCACCGUGACCUUACCCUGGGCAGCCGAACAAAUACAGAUGGCUAUAGAGAGUAUAUCUGACGUCAUCGGAGAUUUACUCAAAUCACCACUCAAGGCCAUUGGAGACAUACUCAAGGGAGUUAUCAACAUAAAAACAGCCGUUGAUGCAAUAUUCGAAGCUAAGAAGCAAGUGGAGGAAGCAAACUUCUUUAAGGAAGGUCAAAGACCAUACUGGUUUGAUCUACCCAAAGUCAUUGGCGACAUGAUCGAAGAAUUGGCCAUGCAUCUUGGAAACAUCAAAAGAGAUCUUAAAGUGUGGGUUGAUGAGGUUCAGAGUGCAGAUGAUCCCAUCAAGAAGUUGACUGGUGGCGCCCUUGACUCGUGCACCCUGAGGACUCAAGUCCAGUCAGAGAUCGAGUCAAUCUUGAUGGAUCUGAUGGGACCAAUUGAACCAAUCAAAGAACUCCUGGCUCCAUUCUUUGAGAUCUACGACCUCGUCUUUGACACCAUCAAGGCAGUCAAAGAGGCUUAUCAGACGCUGAAAGUUUCAUACCAGAAGUCCUUAACUCUUGUUAUGAAGCUGUUCGGUCCGAAAGCUCACAAGCAGUUUCCGAGGAAGUACCGUUCACCGGGGACCGGAGAGUGCGCCUCGGGUGGGUUCUAUCCAACUGACUCAGCCGGACACUACGAGGACCAGGGUGUCGAUCUGGAGAUGCCUCAAGGAGCAAAGUUGGUGGCGCCCUUUUCCGGUUUGAUCUACAGGAGCUCCAGUCAGCCAAACCAAGUCAUACUUGAAGCGAAGGGAGGUUCAUUCCGCAAUAUUAAGAUAUUCAUUGAUAACAUUACACCAAAUCGUACAAUAUCAGCAACCCGAUAUAUGAAUGUAAUUGCCGGUACUGAGAUUGGCAGAGUAGGGAGUGCCACAGCUUGUGCACCACCUAACUACAUCCAUCUAUCAAUGAAGAAAAACAAACCAAACCGUCUAGCUUCGAUUCUAGACAGUGCUCUUAACGACGACCCGACCGCUGCAGACUUGGCUGCAAAAGAAGGAUACGUCGAUCCCAGUAACUACCUGGCUAAACGACCACUGGAGAUACCGACAUGGAUACAAGUCUGUGACGAUUACAAACUAGUUUGGAAGGGCAGAACUGUGAAAGAAGGAUCUUUACUGGGACGCAAGAAUAAGAAGGGUAAAAAGAAAGACACGACUCCGAAGCGAAAAACACCUCCACCCACCUCAACAAAGAGGCCCGACCGAGCUAAGCAACCUCCCCCGCGGCAAUCAGCUCUGAAACAGGCAAAUACACCGAGUAGUCGAAAUGACACCAAGGAGUCCCUCGGCCUUCCAGAACCCGAAAUGGGCUCUGGAUCACCCUUCAAGAACUUCACUCUUCGGAAUCUGAAGAUAAGCUCCAUUCUAGCGUUUGCCCGCAAGCUCAAACUGGAGGAUACAUCAGACGAACUGCUUAAAGUUGUCAAGACGAUAGUCAAACUUGUGAGCGACAAGCCGUGUGUUCUUCCAGAGUCUAUGACAAACGAUGCUUUAAGGAUUGAGCUUCAACAGAGAGGUCUGAGCUCACAAGGAGACAGAAAGAUGCUCCUCCAGCGAUACAAAGAACCCGAAGAUCGUUGUCCUCUACUUCAGUUAUCCCUACCUAAGAAUGUCUAUUGUAAGAUUGACGAGAGCUGCCUGGGUGUAGAAUGCUGUAUGAACAUUAAACUCUUCAUGGUGUCUCUGGCUUUCAAGGCAUUCAUGAGAUUUGAUCCCUGUGAGUUUCAGUUCAUCAUUGGAGUCAACUCGUGGAACUACACUGUCCAAAUCCUGACGGCAGAGUGGGGUAAACAGUGGGAGGUACCAGUGCCCUUUGAUGUACCGUUUGUUGAUGACAUGACACUACAUCUUAGGUUCGGCAUUGAAAAGACAAGAACUCAACUUCUUGCCAGCAUGAGUGUGGGUUUCUGCCCUAAGAGUGGGGACGCAGAGUGCCUGGAAUUCCUUCAUGUACUUCAAGAUUCCGCUGUACCACUUCCCACCUGCAAUCCUGAUGGAACAUUCACUUGGCCAGAAAUUGACGUCAAGGAGUAUUUCAGUCGUGGCAGGCUGAAGAUGUUGAUCCAAGAGACAGGCGAGGAGCUUCUCCGGGCAGGGCUAGAUGCAGCGAUUGAGUAUGUCCUGGAGGAACUUGGCAUUGAUAAAGAACUUCUGGAUGGAAAAGAACCUUGUCCAACACCAGCCAGUUUGAGCGACUCUCAACUCAUUGGUGCACUUGAAGGCAGGGAUCUUGAAACAACAGGAAAUAGAACCGAGAAAGAAGUCCGACUCUCAGAUGAUGAAAGAAGUUGUUCAAUAUUUACACUACCAGCAUUCUCCGAGAAGGUUGCAGAGAUUGCUUACUGCUCACUCAGUGAGAGCUGUCUCCGUCUUGAUUGCUGUCUUGAACUGAACAUCAAAAGGUUGAAGUUCCGCCGCUCCUUCAACGCAUUCAUUGAUGUCAAUGCUUGCGAUUUCACGAUUACAAUUGCCUUUCAGCAUUUGCGCUACUCUAAGUUGCUGCUGAGUUACGACUGGGGCGAUGUGAAGCAACAGAGGAUCGGACCAUUUACGCUGAGUUACACAAUCGAUAAACUGGAUGAUGAGAAGCAGUUCCAGAUUGACUUCGGAGCAUCGGUUUGCCCCAACAACGGGGAUGACUGCAUCUUUGACAUUGACAUCAUUCAGGACUACAGAGUGCCGAUUCCGUUCUGCAAUUCUAACUUUUCACUGUCUCUACCAGGGAAGAAUAGCCUGACUGAUUUUAUCACUCAAGUUGGUCAAAAUGCCGGUCAGCAAGCCAUAAACAUUCUUCUACAGUUUAUUGGUCUAAGAGAUAAGAUUGAUGAUGGACCAUGUGCCUCCACGACUCAGGAUGUGUGCACUGACGUCACUCUCCCUCGUCUUCCAAGCACAUUGACCUGUGACCUUUACGAUCGCUGCCUUGGUGUGCGAUGCUGUGUUGAUCUGGAUCUUCAAAUCACUGUGUUAUCAAGUACUGUAUGGCUGGAACUUGAUCCAUGCGAGUUUGCACUAUCCAUGGGCUUUGGAAAGUGGUCGAUAACCUUCACCAUAUUUGACUACCAUUGGGGCACCCAAGAGGAACUAAAGAUCGGCAAGGCCUUAACCUUGAUCUACACCAUCAACAAAUUGACCGAAGACAAGGUAUUUGUCUUGGACCUCGCGCUGUCUCUUUGUCUUCCCGAUUCUGAUUGCGGUACAGCGCCCUCUAUUGACAUCUUGAAAGGAACACGGGUACCGAUUCCAUUUUGCAAUGAGAACGCAACAUUUGCUCUUCCAGGUGAUGGGAGUGUGUCGGGCUUCCUGAAGAUGGUGGGAAAGAAUGCAGCUGAGUCGACUAUCGAGGCUGUACUUACUGCUCUUGGAUUGUCAACUUUCAUCAGUCAAGAGCCUUGUGUUCGACCGCAGGUCACACAGAAUGGAUGGCAUAGAGUUUGUCCUAGAGAUGUCAGACUUCCACAUCUACCAAGAAACCUCAUCUGCACUCUUCCAGAGAAGUGUCUGGGGUUCGAUUGCUGUUUUGAGCUUCCAAUCCCGGGACUCACCCCAAUCAGCACCAAUGUCUCCUUCAUCUUUGAUCCUUGUAACUUCCAAUUGUCACUUGGUCUGGGAAGCUGGAGAAAAGACCUACACAUCUUCUCUUAUCAGUGGGGUCAACAAGAAGAGGUCACCAUUGGCAAUGCCGUGUCUUUAAGUCUAACCAUUGACAAAGCCGAGGAAUCCUUCCAGAUCAAUCUAGACAUGACCUUCUGUCUGGACGGUGGAUGCACUCCAAUCCCGAUCCUCAGUGAUGCCAUCAUCCCCAUACCAUUCUGUAACCCCAAUGCCUCAUUUGAGCUUCCUGGCGAUGGAAGCUUUGCUACACUAGCAAAGGACCUCGGGGGCAACGUCGGCGAGUUGGCGAUCCAGGCUGGUCUACGUAAACUUGGAAUCCAGGAAAUCAUCACCAAUCAGCACUGUGACAUGGCGAUACUUGCUCCAUCAGAGCACAAAUGCCCACUGAUGAACAAACCACCAGCAACGAACAUACUGACCUGCACAGUAUACGACCAAUGUCUUGGUAUCCAUUGCUGCGCCUCCUUGGAUCUUAUCUUCACUCGACUAUCUACCACAGCUUGGGCCGUUCUAGACCCUUGCGAAUUCGAGCUGUCGGUUGGUUUUGGAUCUUGGACUAAAAGCUUGACCCUCUUCGAGUAUGACUGGGGUGUGGAAAGAACGGUGGACAUCAGUGAUGCUGCCCUGAUUGUGUUCACAGUUGACAAGCUGACAGCGCAGAAGGAAUUCCUGAUCGACCUCUCAGUGUCUCUGUGCAUAGAUGGCACCUGCGCACCGAUCAACCUGUUACAGGGAGCCCAUGUACCCAUCCCGAUCUGUAACCCAAAUGCUACACUCUCCCUACCAGGCGAUGGUUCAAUCGCUGGUUACCUGGACACCUUAGCUGGUGAAGUAACUGAUGUAGCUGUGGAUUUGGUGCUUGACAGUUUGGGGCUGAAGAAUUUCUUAUCAAGGGAUUCGUGUAGUCUUCCUCCAGCAACUAAUGAUGAAGGUUGUCCAGUUCAGUUUCCCACUGGCCUGUCCACGUUUUCCUGCCGUAUAAACAGCCACUGCACAAGUCUGCACUGCUGUCUCAACUUGGACCUCAAAGUAACCCAGCUCAGCUCUAAGGCUUGGCUUGAUAUCGACCCUUGUGACUUCAAACUAUCAGUAGGAAUGGGAAUGUGGUACUUCAACAUCUCACUGUUCUCGUAUGAGUGGGGGAAGAUGGAAAGAUUCUCUGUUGGGCAAGCGAUGAGUGUGGAAUUUUCCAUUGAUAAACUGGAUGCUUCAAAGGAGUACGAGAUCGAUCUUGCAUUCUCUCUCCAAGUCGACGACGAGACUACGGACUUCCCCCUCAUGGAGGCAAAGAGAAUCCCUAUUCCUAUCUGUAACAACAACUUCUCCUUGGCUCUACCUGGUGACGGCUCAGUACGGGGAUUCUUGGAGGAGCUUGGAGACACUGUGGGACAAUCGGCAAUUGAUUUGGUUUUGAGAAAGUUGAAUCUAGACGAUGUUGUGAGUGGCAGAUCUUGUGAAUUACCAGCAGCUAUGGCAAUGAAUACAGGCUGCCCAAUGAUCUCACUCCCCGCCUUGGCAAACAUCAUCCAGUGUUCAACCGAUGAUCACUGUCUUGGUAUCCAGUGUUGUGUCAAUCUGAACUUCAUCAUCACCACACUCAUGCUCGAUGCUAGGAUCAAAGUGGACCCAUGUAACUUCCAGCUUUAUGUGAACUUUGAAAACUGGGAGCGUAACUUUACUCUGUUUAGUUACACGUGGGGGAAGGUGGAAAGGGAAAUGAUUGGUGAUGAUGUAACUUUAAGCUAUUCGGUUGAUAAGCUAAAGGAGAAGAAGGUAUUUUCUGUUACUCUCGAUGUUGAACUGUGCAUUGACGACACAUGCGUGACAACCUCCAUCUUGGAUCAUGUCUGGGUCCCAAUACCCACCUGCAAUAUCAACGCUGUUACAUUCACCCUGCCAGGUGAUGGUACGGUAGCUGGCUUUAUCACGGACCUAGGAGGUCGUAUAGGAGAUUCAGCAAUUGAACUAGUUCUGGAGAAAUAUGGAUUGAAUCAAUAUCUCCAUAGUGAACAGUGUGAUAGAGGAACACCGGGCACCCUAAGAAGCAGUUGUCCAGGUGUCGAUCUGGACCAGCUUCCUGAUUUCCUCUCCUGUUCCCUCACCGAGUCCUGCCUUGGCAUUAAAUGCUGUCUGGAGAUGGACUUUAAGAUCGUGACACGUACAGUCAAUGCAUGGCUCAUCUUGGAUCCCUGCAACUUCAACCUGUCCAUCGGUUUUGAGAACUGGGAGCAGCGUAUCACCUUAUUCCACUAUACUAUGGGUGACUACAGGGACGAAGUUAUUAACAGCGUGCUGACUUUGAGGUGGCGUGUUGACAAGUUAACUGUAGAGAAGCAGUUUGAGUUGAACUUACAGCUUGUCUUCUGUUUGGAUGGGGCAUGUAACACUCUGACUGUGUUUGAGGGUAGCCGUCUUCCGAUACCGCUGUGCAACACUGAAGAUUCAUUUGCUCUUCCCGGAGAUGGCACAGUGUCGGGGUUUCUUGGAUAUCUUGGAGGUAAUAUCGGACAAUUUGCUAUCGAUGCAGCAAUCCGACACCUGAAUCUAGGCAGCUUCCUGUCAGGGAAGGCAUGCUCCAAUCAUAGACAAGAUGUUUGUUCAAGUGCAACUGGUAUCCUUGGCGACUGCUCAAUCGUUGGGGAAUUCUGCACAGAGCUCCGAUGUUGCCUCGACUUGGAUCUGAAGAUAGCUGAUGUCUCGGCCACAGCGUGGUUUAAGUUUGACCCCUGUGACCUCACCUUCACGUUAGGUCUGGAGACUUGGAUGUUUCAUGGAUCGGUCUUUACAUAUGAGUGGGGUGAAGCAACCACGGUUUCAGUUGCUCCUGGAAUGAAUCUACGAUACUCCAUCACCAAACUCAAUGAGUCCAUGGAGUUUCAAGUAGACCUGACUCUAGAGUACUGCAUCGAUGAACUUUGUACCGACAUCGAUAUUGUGCAGACCAUACCUAUCCCGAUUUGCAAUCAAGACUUCAGUAGUUAUAACUUCUCAGUUGAUGGUUUCGUACAAACAGUGUCCGGACAAGUCGUCCAGGGAGCAACUGAGUUACUCUUAAAUCAACUAGGCAUCGAACCUGACUUCUUCAAUGGUGAUCCGUGUGUAAACCCGAAUGGGAUCCAGUCUUACAGACAUUGUCCCGACAUGCAGCUUCCUGGCAACCUCGACUCAAGUGCGCACUGUGGAAUCCUGGAAUCCUGUUUCGGAAUAAAGUGCUGCCUUGAUGUGAACCUAGGACCACUCAAUCACAGCUUCAGUGCCUCAAUGGUGGUUGAUCCCUGUCUUGGUCAGCUGAAGCUACAGUUUGGUAACUGGAAGUACAGUAAAUCACUGUCACAGCUGGACAUUGGUGUCGAUAAGGAGAUCACCAUCGGAAACUUUGUAUCACUCAUAUUCAAACUGGAACUUUUGGAUGGCAUGAUAUCAUCGAGUCUAUCUAUGGAUGCAUGUGUGGGUGAAGUCUGCACAGGUCGAAUUGUUCUACUGGAUGAAUCAAUAUCUCCACUCCCUCAGUGCUACUCCAAUGGAUCAAUCUCAUGGACAAAGUUACCAGGAUUGACUUCAAUUUCCCAUCUGGGCAACUUAGAUACGGGAUUAGACGUUCUUGCGCAAGGUCUUGGGCUACCACCGCGUCUAGUUUCAGCGUCUCCAUGUCUUGUAGAACAGACGAGUAGCUCCACGGUGUGUCCCCAUCUGCCUGUACUACCUGCUCUUCCAUCAGGAGGAGUUUGCCAGUAUUCGGAUACAUGCCUCGGGGUAGAGUGUUGUUUAACAACAGACAUAGACAGCACUACUCAGACUUUACGGGCAUGGUUGAUUGUAGACCCAUGUGAACUGACUGCUAGUGUCGGCUUUGAGAACUGGAGUUUCAAUAUUACACUCUUAAGUUAUAAGUGGGGCAAGCAGAUCAGAGAAUCACUAAGUGAUGUAGUCUCGAUUUCAUUCACCAUUGACAAGACAUCAAACAAUCGGAAUUUUGUGCUGUCACUCUCUGUUAAAUUCUGCAUCGCUGGAUCAUGUGCUCCUGACGUCAUCAUCUUAGAUGGCUUCAUGGCACCGAUUCCUUUCUGUAAUGCGACGGGGACACUGGAGUGGCCCCAGGAUCUUGGUGGUAGUGUUACAGAUUAUGCAAGCAGUCUGGUGGUUAACCGCCUGGGUGUUAGCACAGAUGUCCUUCUACCUCAGUCAUGUAGUGGUCCACCACAACAGAUUACACCUACGAUCUCAGGUUGCAGUUCGCUCUCUCUUCCAUCCUCCAUUGCGUCUUAUUGUUCCCUGGAUGAAUCGUGUCUCGGGGUUGGUUGCUGCUUGACCCUUGACCUGGACAUAGUUCAAAGGUCAUUCUCAGUGUGGGUGAAACUUGAUGUAUGUGCCGGUAGAUUCUCCUUUGGUUUUGAGGAAUGGAGUCACAGUGAAGUGUUAAACUUAGCAACAUUGCAAACACAUUCCCAGGAGAAAGAUAUCGGUAACGUGAAAAUCAGAUAUGAUAUAGAGCGCCCCCAUGAGUCUGUCUAUGAUGUUGACCUUGACCUCGCUGUGUGCUGGCAGGGGAGAUGCACUGAUCCCAUUGUGAUUCUUCAAGACACUAUGUUCUCUGCUUCACAGUGUGGCCAGGAAGGAAGCAGUAGCAGGAGGAAGAGAAGAAAUGUGGAUGAUCUAACCAAUAAUUCGGAAGAAGAGGAAAGCAUGAUGGACGAUUUCACCAGCAGCUCAGCCGAUAAAGCUCGUGAAUAUUUCAGGAAAAUUCUUCAGUCAGAUUCGCCAAAACUUCCCUCAGAGGAGCACAUCUUGAUGAGACUUCAGCCAGAAAAGAAUGUACCGCCAAGGGUGGCUGAAUCUGGUACUGAAAGUCGUCGAGCUUCGGGCGCCUUGAUAUUUGGGAACGAGGACGAGACACCCGUUCCAUCAAGAAAAAGGAGAGCACUAUCCCUCUCAGUAACAUCUGGAGGAGCGAGUUUGUUUGACCUCAGCUUGGCCCCUGGAGCCGACUCUGGCGCCUGGCAGGGUGAUGUGAUCAUCGGCGGUGGACUAACAUUGAAAGGUCUAGAUGCUCUUGGUAAUCGGAUUGCAAACAUGACGAUUGGUGAGCUAGAGGCAAUGCUGGAUCUACAAAACAUCGACCCUUUUACUGUCGUCCAACUCAUGAAAGACCUGCGAUCUCUUUUCCGAACCUUUGUGAGCGAGUUUAUAGACGUCUUUAUUAAUGGCGAUGCAGAAGAUGCGUUCAGUCAAUUUGACAUCGCUCUGAACGGAGAAAUCCCAUUUCCGAGGAGGGAAGUAGUUUUCUUCGAGUACCGGUAUGGAGUCCUAUUAGGUGGAAUCAUCUAUUUAGAAUUUAGCAUUGAAGCUGGUGGUUUUUUCGAGAUGAAUAUACCCGUUUCUGUGGCCCUCGUGUCAAUGACUGCUAAGGGUGGUAUAACACCAACGGUUGGUAGCUACGUCACUGCAGGCGUAACAAUCGGUAAUAUACUGUACGGUGAAUUAGUACUCAGGGCUGACGUCUUGCACACAAGCUUCCCGACAGUUGCAGAACUACUUUUUUCUAAAUUCCCACUGGAUGUUGGUCUCAGGUUGGACAUAGUGAUGAUACCAUUGGUACUCCGACUGACGGGUAAAGUCACCCUGAAGAUUCCAUUCUUAGCGAAGGUGACGCUUUAUGAGAGGGAUCUGUGGCGCUACCAAGCCAACCCUAUCCAUAAAAACAUCUUCGAUAUUCACACCAAGGACCCCGAUACGUCUCCGCCAGAGGUUGUGGCCUACUCUACACCUGCGGAGGCCCCCAACUCCCGAAAGAGGUCAGUAAAUAUUGCAGAGCCUACCAGCCAUUGUAGCAUUGAGCAGGUGCCUGGUCUAGACUACACAGAACCCGCCUUUCAACUUGAGGUGGUCGCUGCUGAUGACAAGAGCUUAGUGACGUUUUCCUAUCAGGUUGGGACGGUACCUGGAGGGAGCGACGUACUCUCUAAGACAGAAUAUGGAGGACCAUCAGCCAUUAUUUCACAGAUUCUGCCUGGUGGACAUCCACUUCACUUCACUGUUUACACCAUGAACAAUGGUGGAGGUACCACAACCGCAACCUGCAGCCUGCCGACCUUUGACACCACCCUCCCAACGGGUCGUAUUACUCCUGACUUCACUUCAACCAGUCAUCCACACAUCCUUCGUGCCUCUGCAGUGGUGUAUGAUGACUCUGUCAUUUUGAUGCAAAAAGAAGGAGUUGGGUUCGGACCGGAGAUCUGGGGUGAUCAGAUCGUACCCUGGCACACGGUAGACAUCACAGAGCGAGAACAACUUGGAAGCUCAGUCAACGACUUUCACUAUUUCACCACCGCCAAGAAAGGACGCCUCAUCUCAACACCAACAUCAACCAUUACUCACAUUAAUCCUAACUUCUGUGCCCGUGACUGCCUCGGUCUUCCAGAGACAAAGUGUCUAAGUAUCAACUAUGAUUACGAUUCCAAGAUGUGUGAGCUGCUUGAAGAGAUCGAGGGCCAUGGGGUCGAGGUUCAUGAGUCUGGUAAGUUCACUCAUUAUGAGCGUCUCGGUAUUGGCCACGCUGUUGAGUUUAACCACGAGUCCCUCCUGCUCGACCACAACAACAUCUACUACUUCAACAUCGAGCUCCUGAACUAUGUAGCGUAUGAAAACAUCGUAUCAUCUGUGGGUAUCGUGACAGACUUUACAGCUCCAGAGCCUGGUUUGAUCGUCAAUGCAUCGAGGGACGAGGUGGUACAUGAACCGUGUGUUCAGUUUACUCCUGAUGAAUGGGAGAGACGAUGUAUGGAGGAUACACCUCUCGAUAAUCAUAGAUACAUUAUCGAUGGGCCUGGUUCAAUGACUGUCUUCAAUGGCGAAAUGGAAUUGGUGGACAUGCUGUAUACAAGAAGCAAUACCUACAUGGCAGCAAACUGGGACGGUAUCCAUGAUAACGAGACUGGUAUCCAUGGCUACACUUGGUCCAUUGGUUACAGCGUGUGUAAUGAUAACGUCAGCAGCCAUAUAGAUCCUCAUGCACACCUCUUUGAUGAAUCACAAUGGCACCACCAGGGACUGGUAGUCAACGUCAACCUCCCAGAUGGUGCCUAUUUUAUCAGCGUACGUGCACUGAAUAAGGUGGAGUUUGGAGGCCCGAUGGCACUGACUGUAUGUCACAGCACGCCCCUCAUCAUUGAUAACACUCCGCCAAUAGUUGACGGCAUUAAUAACAUCACUUAUGAUUCCUCUAUUGGUAGAAUCGGAUUGCAAGUGGAGGCAGGAGAUCCCGAGUCUUACCUGUUUGAGUACCACGUUGCAGCCGGAAGAACACCUAGGGAUAUAUCUCUGCAUGACUGGGAAGCCCUCGGUGUUACUCAACAACUCUACAUCAACUUCAAGAUUCCAAAUGGCAUACCAUGCUGGCUGAUCGUCAGAGCUGUCAAUAAUGUUGACCUUCGAACUGUAGAUCACGCUGAUAACCCAAUAUUAGUUGAUGACACGCCACCAAUUGCUGGGGACUUAUUCGAUGGACCUUAUGCUGGACGAGAUCUUGUGUUCACUAAAGACAGGAACGAGAUUUGUGGAAACUGGUACAACUGGUUUGAUCCCGAUUCAGGUAUUUCCUCGUACCUGUGGGCCGUUGGAACCCAACCGCUAACAAGCAACGUCGUGAACUUUGUCAAAGUGUCUCGCCGAGAGCAUGGGACCUGCUCUGGGUAUGUCACCCUCCAGCACGGCGAGACCUACUACUCAACGCUUGUAGCAUUCCACGGUGGUUAUGACAAGUUGAAUGUUUCGGCUUCAUCAAAUGGAGUGACUGUUGAUCUAACUCCACCCGUCCAAGGAAGCGUCUAUGACGGCCUCCUUCCAGGCCCAACGGACCUGGAAUUCUCUUCCAAACAAGCCACAGUGUCAGCUCAGUGGCAGGGAUUCUCUGACCCUGAGUCUGGUAUCGAAGACUACCAAGUCUCAAUUUACCGCAAGCACGAUGACAGUGAAAAUGCAACCAAUGACUUUGAGGUUAUCCAUGAAGCCGAGUCAGUUGGUAAUGACGUCUCUUUAAUUGAGUGGCAUCAUUUCCAUCUACACCACAAGGACCAGGUGUACGUCAAUCUACGUACAAUCAACCAGGCUGUCAAUCACAUUGAUACUCCAACCAAUGGAUUCCUGGUGGAUUUGACUCCUCCCAUGCUACGAUCCCUUGGAGACGGGCUUGUUGUUGGACAGGAUGCAGACUUCCAGACACACAGUGAUAGCCUUGCUGUUCACUGGGACUAUUUUGAUGACGAAUCUGGCAUUGCUUUGUUUGAGUUGGCUAUCUACGAAAUGCGACAUGGUAUAAAACAAAAGAUUUUCCCAGCAGACUUGGACCCAAAUACUUUUGAGCCGAUACUAGACGUUACUGCCAGCUCCCACGUGCAAAGUGGAUUGUCACUUCGUGCAGGAGCCAUCUACAUCACACGGAUCAAGGCUCGAAACCAGGCUAAACUGAUUACAUCACAUGAGACUAGUGGUAUCAGGGUAGACCCUACUCCACCUGUGAUGAGGUACGUCCGAGGUGGGAAUCUAGAUGGAGAGGUUGAAGAAGUUAUCAACGGAUACCUGUUCCAGAACAGUCUCUCUACCAUUAAGGCUUCUUGGCUUGGAGUUGAUGGUCAAAGUGGUAUUAAGAACUACUGGGUCGCGGUUGGAACAUCUCCAAACACUGAAGACAUCAAACCGUUCAUAGCCAUAGGGUCAAAAAAUAAUGGUGUCUUACUGGACCUUAACCUCCAACUCACUGACCAAUCAACGUGUAAUGAUGAUGAGUUUACUGCGAACUGCCGACCUGUCUAUUACGUAUGCGUGAAAAGCGAGAAUGGUGCGGGUUCUUUCAGUGACGUAAUUUGCUCCUCGCCAAUCAGAGUCGUAGAAGAGGAUCAAACAGGUUAUGUAACAGAUGGACCAGCCAUGCUUCAUGAUAAAGACUCUCAACAAGAGAGAACCACUGUUACUAUUUGGUUCGAUGACUUUGAGAGCCAGUUGCAUGGUAUUUCUUCCUAUGAGUGGGCAGUCGGUACGACCCCAGGAGGAGAAGACAUCCAACCUUUGACCUCAGAUGGAGUUGUGCAUGGAAGUGACCCUGAUAUACCAGGUCUUGCUGGCCAGGGCAAGGCACAGUCUCCACUACCUCUCCAGCAUGGUGUGACGUAUUACAGCACUGUCCGUGCCAUCACCAAUGGUGACAAUGUCUUAGAAACUGUCUCCAAUGGUUUCACGGUAGAUGUUACACCGCCAAACAUUAACAUCACUGACUAUGGUCAAUAUGACACAACUGUGGAUUUGGGCUUUGGUGGUGUCAAGCUUUAUCAGUCAUUUGUAGACUCUAUCGAUGCGAUGUGGGACGUGGAGGAUUUGGAGAGUAACCUCAAUGCAGCAUACUUUACCGUGGGACAGUAUGCAGGAGCUAGUGAUGUGUUUCCUCUGACACAAACAAACAAGUCCUAUGUUCCUUCGUCUGAGGUGAAACCUACUUACGAAGGUUUGCCGAAUAUUCUGACUGUCCAUGCCAUCAACAGUGUUGGACUGACGCAAACAGUUUAUACAACCAGUUUAACCGUAGAUACCACACCGCCAGAUGCUGGUCAGGUCAUGUGCCCAUCUUUCUUACAUGCAAACAGCGCCCUCAAGUGCAGCUGGACUGAUUUCCUAGAUGACGAGUCAGGAAUUGAGUCCGUGAGGUUUCUUGUUGGGACUGCAGAGGGUCUGAAUGAUGUGUUUGUGUCGGACAAAUUGCCUGGCUAUAUGAUGCACUACAGUGCCACAGGUUUGGACUUGAUGCAUAACAAACUGUACUAUGUCACCAUCGAGGCUUUUAACGCCGUCAGCCAGAGUACAUUCGCCUUCUCUGGACCCAUUGAAAUUGAUGACACCCCGCCCUCACAUGGUGUUGUGGUGGAACUUUCUGGUGUUCAUAAAUUGAGCCAGAACGAUCUAGAGAGGCAGUUAAGCUGGGAUUGCAGUAACACGGAAGACUUCCUAGAGCUGGAUGGGGAAUGUUUGGAGUCCAUCACCCAGAUUCAGAUCCUCUGGGAACCUUUCAAAGAUGAAGAUACUCAGAUCACUAAAUAUGAAGUAGCAUUAGGCACCACACCGGGAGGAACUCAGAUCAAAUCGUUCUAUGAGGUGGAUAGGUACCAGACUUCACAGCUGAUAACCAAUCUUGAUUUAAGUGAUGUGCGAAGAGUCUAUGCGUCAGUGAGAGGAUACAAUGAAGCUGGUCUGACCAGCACGGCAGUCUCAAAUGGCAUCUUCGUCAGUCGAUUCAGUGCAGGACUUCAGCCACUAAGACCUUUCAAAAUCAAAGAUGGAGUCACUUCCAAUGACCUCCAUGACCUUGACUUCCAGACAUCUUUGACUGAACUAAGUGCUUCUUGGGAUUUCAGUGGUGACCCUUGUCCAAUCAGAGAGUACGAGUGGGCUAUUUAUAGAAUUGACGGAGUGGAAAUUCAGCCUCUAACGGAUGUAGGAGACCGUACUUCAGAUACAAACACAUUCAUUGAAAUGAUGGACGGCGAGACCUACUACACCGUGGUGCGGGCAACCAACGCUCUGAACAUACCCAUCACACUCCGCUCUGAUGGAAUCACCAUAAAACGAGACCCACUCAUACCUGGUCAAGUUUACGAUGGUCUCCUUGCAGGCUUUGAUCUAACCUACCAGAAAGAAACUGACACCAUAUCGGCAAGCUGGAGUGGCUUUGGUCAAGGAAUGCCCAUACAAGAGACGAUUGAAUAUACAGGAAAUGCUAUGAUGACCAGAGACCAUGUUACAGAGCAGGCUGUUGACUAUUACGAGGUUGCAGUGGGCACCGAUCGUCGCUACCCAAAGACUAGAGACAACACAGUACCCUUCACUAACGUUGGUCAGAAUACAUCGGUCACCUUCAAUAACCUUGAUCUACAGGCGGUGACUGCAACAUACUAUGUGACGGUCAAAGGUCAUAGUGCAAGCUUCUCUGCCGCUGAGGUCACAUCUAGUGGGAUACAUGCUGGUGUGGAUAGUCAAAUCUCUGCUGCGGAGAUUAAAAUACCAGAGUUCGUCAAUUCGCUCUCUGAAGUCAAACUCCAAUGGGAAGAAUUCGAUUCAACCUUCCCCAUCCUACUCUACUAUGUCGGCCUUGGCAAUGCCGCUUCGGCUACUGUGUCACCAGAGAACAUGGACUGUUUGGACAUGCUUCUAGCAGCAGACGAGACCAAGACUACGUUUAAUGAAACAAAGAUGCAUUUUAUUGGCCAUGAUACCUAUCAGGAGAUCAAAGGACUGAGUCUUCAGCAAGAAGGUUCAUACUUUGUGACGGUAGUUGGAAUGAACGAAGGAGGGCAGUGUAACUCUUCUACUAGUCACUUCUCGGUAGAUAUCACUCCGCCCAUUGAGGGGCGCCUUCGUGCUGGACCCUUCUAUGACAUGCUGGUGACAUACACAGAUAGCACGGAGUCAAUUCACGUGGCAUGGGAGGACUACAUAGAUGAAGAGAGUGGAAUUAAAUCCUUCAAUAUCCGUCUUCUUGAGGCUGCAUCUUGUAGAGUGGAAGACAGCGGUAACCUUACUCCAGUUCCUGGUCAAGAUUGGAUGGUUCUUGGCCCGGGUAUCUCGGAAUUUACGUAUGUAGACUUGAGUUUAGUGACCAACCACCCGUAUUUUGUUGAGCUAGAAGCUGUGAACCGUGCAGGGGAUAGCACUGUUACCAAAGUAGGACCAAUCUUUGUGGAUAAAUCAGAGCCUAUUUCUGGUUUAGUUGUUGAUGGAGACGACUUCAUGAUGGAUCUGACAGAUGUGUAUAGUCGAAGCCAAGUCACUGGAACAAUCUUACACCAGCCCAAUCCAGAGGGUCCACCCUGCCCUCUGACAGACACUUCGUUCACUGAUCCAAAAUGGCAGGCAUUGGAUUUCAAUGGACUUUGGAAUAUGGGGAUUGACAACUGGGAUAUAGAGUACCAGAAUCAACAGGUAUCUGCAUCGGAUGAAAGUGUGUCUCUCAAGAUGGAGAGGGAUACAAGAGGACCUCGUAUGCUCUCCGGAGCGUAUGUCAUUAAUGCACAAAUUGUCCGGAGCUCUGAGUUUGAGUUUGAUCUGUUGGCUGCAUCAUCAGACCUUCAUAGCGUCACAAGUAUUUUGUUCUGGGAUGGUCCAGACAGAGUGGUCGGAGAGUGUGACUUUGGUGGAGCUAAGAAUUGGCAAGAAGGGAUAUGCCAGUGUUGCUAUGCAACACCCUUCAAUCAGUCCGACUGCUCUCAAUGCAACUGUGAAGAUUUCCUCGGACUAGACGAAUCAACCACUGAUUACUCAACAGUUAACAGCACAACAGUUGAGUUAGUGACCACGGACACGGCAGACACAACCACUGCUGAUGAAACGGCAGACAUGACCACUGUGGAUGAACCGGCAGACAUAAUAACCACAGCAGACUCCGUUCAAGUUAACACUGAGGUAGUUACAAUGGCUACACGAACACCCUGGACCAUUCGUAAGAAAGAUGCAGAUGGUGACGGCAUUUCUGAUGAAGAUAGCGGCAGAUGGACUACCCAGAGAGCAUGUGGUCUGCAACUCCGUCCAAAUGGCAAUGCGUCACAAGCCGUGCUGUGGUGUCGUCAUUUUAAAGAUGAAUGGCCGAUGACGUCACAGUCUGUAGAUCUGAACUUUGACCCGUCCAUGGAGGAACAUCACUACUCUAUUCAUUUCAAUGUCAUGCCUUUUGAUGCAAAAGAGGACGAGUGGUCAUUUAAUGUCUACAUCGAUGGCAAUCUUCUCUCUUCUUUGACCGGUAUCCCUGUCAUGUUUUCAUCCACCAAACUCAUCCUUCAUGUCUUCAACAAAGAUAACUAUGUUGUCGAUCUAGAUAACCCAUUCAACCCACCGACUGCUACAGCAACCAUCAAAAACUUAAGAAUGCCCCCAGAUGCUAGUAUGCUAUGCCGCUAUGGGUUACCAUUUAGAGCGGGUACCAGUCCUGUGUCCAGAUAUUUCGCUGGUGUCGGUAGUGAAGCGGGACUGACCGACAUUGUGGCAUUUGAAGAGAUUUCCCGGCCGUGUGUACCGUGUAUCAAUCCAUGUGAUUGGUACCAGUGUAAUCAGUCAUGCUCCAUGGAGGAAAGCUCCAUUAUAUUCACACUCUCAAACCUGACUCUGCCGAAGCUGGAAGUCCUAAACACCACAAGGAACGACACAAAUAAUACUUCAUCUGCUUCUGAGGAGGAUGGCUUACCUUCUCCUUUCUUCUUGACAGUUAAGUGUGUCCUAGGGAAUGGUCAAGAAGCGUCUUCAUCUUCGAAUGGUUUCUACAUUGACGAUACACCAGCAAAGCUUGAUUUCUUAUACUAUGUGGAUAUCAAUCGCAGCCCGUAUGAACCAACAAAGUUCCAGUCUUCCAAUUCCACAAUCCAAGUUUUGUGGAAAUUCAUAGACAUGCAAAGUCAAAUCAAGGAACAUUACUGGGCCAUUGGAACAUCCAGAGGUGCUGUGGACUUACAAGACUUUGUCAAUGUUGGGUUGAACCAGACAGCUUACAAUAGCAGCUUAGAAGGACAACUACAACACAAUACAUCAUACUACGUGACUGUCAAGUGCAUCAAUGGAGCUGGUGUGGAGACUGUUGUAGAAUCUGAUGGUGUAACGGUCCUCUUUGAGAAACCCUCCGUGGAUGAUGUCAACACCACCUCCAUGUUUAGUCAGAAGUUUGAAGAGGAAGUCUUUCCACCUGACGUCCAGAAGAAUGACGACCCAACAAAGACAGGCACCUCCUGGUCCAAACCUGAAGAUGAAUCCAUCAGUCGUUAUGAGUAUUGUGUAAGCAGUUCAGCAGAGUUACUGGAUGACAUCGUCCCUUGCAUGGUGGUUGGCACCAAUGCAUCCGGUUCGGUGGCUAUAAGAGACGGGAUGAUUAUUGUUACGGCUGAUGACAGAGAGGAGGUGUACAACCUCACUGACUUCCAAGCUAAUCGAGAAGAUAGUGAUGAGAUGACAAGUCAGCAAAAUGCGAAAUUUAACAUGGAACCUGGAAAAUGUCUUUACUCUUGGAUGAAGAUGUGUAACCCUGCUCUACUUUGUCAAACACUACCAGCAGGAAAAACCACUGUUUUAGGAGAGGAUGACAUGAUGAUGACGUCACCAAACGGUACAGAUCUCGCUCUGGCAUCUCCACAGAGUAACAGAAGACGACGGAGGAGGGCGCUAGACAACAAUUUUGAGUUCGCCAUAGCUACAACUGGUGGUCUCCAGCAAGGUGGUUCAUUAAUCCUUGGUCUGCUAGAUGGCAAUAAAACCAAUGAGGAUUUUACAUCUGAUGCUAAUCCGGAUUAUGUCUCCUACAUCAGUAAUCCCCUCGACACCAUACAGAAGACAUCAAGGAUUCUACGAAGAAGGAUACGUUUUGUGUAUGAGCCUCUCUUCUACGUGACCAGCCUGGGGCAGACUGAGCUGCAAGGUCCAUUGAUCAUCAACCUCACUCUCAAUACACCAGGAAAUUGGACAGAGGCCAAACCUAGACUGGUUUAUUGGGACAGUGACAAUUCUGAGUGGCGAGAUGUAGCUAAAACAUGCAGUGAUGUGGAUCAGCUGACAUACAAUGAGGUAGAUAGUCUGCUCAGUGUGGAGGUAUGUGCAACUAGAGAAAAGACCUCGGCAGCAGGGAAUCGUCAACGCCGCGCUACGGAGGAAACUUCCUUCUUUAGCCAUGAGACCGAGUUUGCAUUGGCAGAUGUCCUCAAUACCAUCCCAAAUGACCCGCCAGAAAUCACAAAUCCUGUUGGCAACUUUAUAAUGGAUGAAGACGAAGGCACGCUUGAAUAUUCUUUUGAGGCUUCAGACCCUGACGAUGAUGUCUUGGUCUUUGAAUUGGGUCUUGAUAAUGAAACGACACUAGGUUCAGCAACCAUCACUGAGGAUGGUGUCUUCUCUUUUACACCAUGUCCUGACUGCCAUGGCAGAUUCACUUUUCAACUCAUUUUGAGAGAGAUACAGACAUUGGUUGAGAUCGAACCUCUGACUACUGUUGUUAAUAUCUCAAUGGAGGUCAACCCAGUCAAUGACAAUCCAUUCUCUUAUGUCGCUUUGAAUGGGGAAAUUGCUGGUAAUGGACGGGAAGCAGAGCUAACAGUAGAGCAGAACACUGGAGCCAACAUUGCCUACAAAGACCUGGUGGUCACGAUAGGUGCCUAUGACGUUGACACCAAUGAUAACUUGACACUUCUUAUUCAACCACCAACGUAUGGUGUACUAACAAUGAGAGAUGAGGUUAGAUCAAUCCCGCAGAGGCAGAACUGUAGUCAACUUCCUCGUAAUAUCACAAGUCAAGAGAAUGUACUUCCAUGUGGGUUGGAGACUCCUCAAGAAGCGGAGGUGAUGAGUUGGGUAUCAUCUACGUUCACCUACACCCCUAAUCACAACUUCCAUGGAAAGGAUAGUUUCCUAGUCUUGAGUAAGGAUGAAUCAGGUGCAGUGUCUCAGCUACUGACGAUACAGAUUGCAGUCUUGGUGAAUCCUUGCAUCAAUGAGGGCGUUUGUGGAGGACCUGCCGAUGAUCCAGACUGCACUUCCCCAGAUCGCAGUUCUAGUUUUGAUUCUUAUUUCUGCAUCUGUGAAUCGGGAUGGGUUGGUGACUUCUGUGAAAUUGACUAUGACGAAUGCACAUCUGCACCAUGUGAAUUCCCGUUUGUCUGCUACGAUCUCUUCAAUGGAUUUGAGUGCGCAUGCCCAUUGUCCGACCCGAUGUGUACAGGGCUUGAUUGGAGAUUCAAGAUUGUGAUCGGCGUUUCCUGCACUGUGUUUGGAUUGUUUCUGAUCACUUUGGUUGUUUUCGUCUUCUUCAAGAAGGGCUAUUCUAUAAAGUCCCGUAUUCAUCCCAGCCAAGAUGAUGAAGAACAACUUGUACAGACACCGAGUGAGUCGAACAGUUUCGAGAAUCCAGCCUUUCAACUCGAUGAAGACGUCGCUGAUUCACCACCGAUGUCUGCUCCUCCGGGUCCCUCUACCGUCUCCCCAAGCACUGCCCAGUCAAAGAGAUCACCAAUGGGCUCCCUGCUAUCCAUAAGGCCCGAUGGGAAGAAGAAGUCUAGAAGACCACGUUCUAGUAACGGCCGCUCAAACUCAGUGGGAGUUGCACCAUUGACCGCUGCUGAAGUCCCCGUACUGGCUGUUAUUGAAACUCCUCGCUCCAAGUCCGGAAGACCUGGCUCUCUUUUUGGCCGAUCAAACGCUGUGGGAGUUGCACCGUUCACCGCUCCAGAAGUCCCCGUACUGGAUGAUGUUCAAACUCCUCGCUCCAAGUCCGGAAGAUCCCGUUCUCUUUUUGGCCGUUCAAACGCCGUAGACGUUACACCUUUGAUCGAUGCAGAAGAGGAAGUUGCCGUCCGGGAUGAUGUUGAAUCUCCUCCCUCCGAAGCAGAGCUCUCUGAUGAUGAGAGCCCGAUCAAAGCUGAGAAAUGGGCGGCUACCACAAUGCCAAAGGGUAGCCCCGGAGAUAAAGUCAAUGCCCAGGAGAUGGUUGAGCGGAAUAGCGUCUCAGGCCGUUUGGGAAGACCGGAAGAGGAUGUUGAUGAUGAGGUUACAGGCACAGGGGGUUGGUUUGGGUCUUCCUCAAGAGAUGGUCCAAGCUCAUCCAAAAAGGAGACAGCUGGCUCUCCGAUUCAGCUUCCUGGAUCUAUGGUCAGCAUCAAAGAAGAAGAAAUGACUCCUGAAGAUAUUGAGGAGACGGAUAUGUAAUGAUUCAUCUUUCAUUAUUGCAGUCGUAGUUCAAAGUUUUUACUAUCAAGAUUUUUUGAAACGAUAUUAAUCAUUGUUCAAAAGCAAAACACAAGAUUUGUUUCAAUGAACCUCAUAUGAAAACUUGAAUGAACCUCAUACGAAACUUUAGUUCAUUUUCAUGAGAAAAUUAAAUCACAUUUGAGAGAAACGCCUUCUGGUACACGUUUUUUUUAAGUACAACAAUUUUCAGUUACAAAGGUGUAACAAAGUUACACCAUUGUCAAAACACUCUGUGGUAAAGUUUUAAAUUAAAAGUUUUUUAGAAUCUUGAGAGGGAUAUGUUUUACAUCACAAAAAAGCAGUGCACAAAUAAAUUUGAAAAUCGUUUUUUUUUUUAAGAAAAACAAAUGUUUGAACAAAGUAAUAGUCCUCAUAAAGUUGUGGUUAUAGUCAUACGACUAAUCCAAAGUGAACAAAAAAAACUUGGGGUGACAUUUUUAAAACAUUUUAACUUUAACUGUGAUUGUUUUUAAGGCAAAUGUAAUAUUUUUACUCAAUGUAUUUUUGCUGGUGUGAUGAGAUUUAUGACUAUGAAUACUCCAAUGAAAUUGAACUGCAAGUGCCUCUGAAAACGCCACUUUUGUUGCUUUUUUAUCUCACCAAUGCUUCGAUAAGAGCAGGUCAGAGGUUAGAGUUCAUAGCGCUGAACGAAAUAUGUCACUUAAACGAUAAAACAAAAGAGUGUGAGUUCAAAUAAUGCAAGACAUUAGCUUGGUAUGUAAGGAGGUUAGUUUUAGAUGUACGGAAAUUGUUAGGAAAGGAACAGACAAUAUUUUUUAUUUCUCCUUCGAUGGUAUAGGAUCAAACGGUCCUUGCAAACAUUUUUUACGUUUAAAUUUAUAGACUUAUGGUUUUAAAUAUAAUGGGAAAUAAACGGUGGCUGGAGGAGGAUGUUUCAAAAGAGGGCGCUAUCCGUGUAGUAGAUUGUACACAAUUCGCCAUUAGGGAGACAGAAUCUUCAUCCGGCCGGCGUGCCUCAAUGCUAACGCUGAACGCCACGUAGGGAUAGUAUCUGCAUCUAAAAGUGGCGUGAUAUUAACAUAACUGCAUACAAGUCUACUGAUAAAGGAGAAUUUUCUGCGUAGUGUUUGUUUUUAAUCUCGUAACAAAAUUAUUGGAAAGAUAUUUUACUCAGAUGGAGAAGUUCUUUAAAUACCUUGUUUGAGUGACCUUGUACACACUCCAUUAAUUCUACUGGCAGCAGAGACACUGAACUGGUCAUGCGGGACAUUUUUUGUCUCAUAAUUUACACACAAAUUAAAGACUUAUGAUUAUAAAAUGAUAGCAGCUAACCAAUUUGCGAUGUGCCUCCCUUCUGCAUACGAACGCAGUUUCAAUACAAUCUAAGGCCCUUUUCGAAACCAUGGCUUCGGCUCCGGAUUCGGCUCAAGCUAGCUUGGCCCCGCGGUUGUUUUGACAAUUGCGCAUCAUUUACGUACGCACUCGGCAUGGCUUCAGACGAGAGAACGGACCCUGAAGCCGAAUCCAAAGCCGUAAACUGUAUGUGUUCUUCCUUUUGCUGCGUACAAAUCGUGCCUGCGGAAGCAAUUUUGUCUGAACAUCAAAAUUGCCACUGUCGCAGUGCUUUUAUGGGGAAUUUUUCGUUUUUCUAAAUCGAUUAAAAAAGGAAUAUGAAAAAGAAAAUAUGAGGAACAUUGGGGUGGCAAUUAUGUACUACAGGGGGAAAUGACCUGCAUAAGACCGGGUUCUUCGGCCCUUGUAAACAUUUUGGUGUCACGGACAAGUAACAUGGUUUAUUAUUUUACAUUGUAAUGAUUUUUACUCCGAAAGGUUUUCGCUUUUUUUUAUUGAUAUACACAGAAAUUGUUCAGACAAAACAGGACAUCAAAGGAUGAAAACAACAACUAACACGAAUCAUGUAGAUUCAACUUAUCUGGUGAUUUUUUGUACUAUAAGCACGAUACCCGCUUUGUUAAAAGAUAAGUUCUACCAUUCUGCUGAUGUUCUUUGUUUCGAAUAUAGUUGAAAUGAAUUUGGGUGAGAAUAAAAUGUUUUUAAAGCAAAGAAAACUCUUUUUAA